AUGGGCUCAAUUGGAAAUUACUCUAUUCCACAAGAGGCACUCAAGAUCCUCAAGGAGGGUAUCUUGGAAAAUCCAUUGAUGGGAAACCUACCAAAGGAGUUACAGUCGCUCAGUAAACACAUACAUUUCGAGGGCUCAGACAAACCGAGUGUCCCAAUCAAUUGGAGAUUUGCGGAAAGUAUCUCUGCUUUGAAAGGGUUCGAAGCUUUGAUGUUGGAUCUCUUGAUCACGAAGAAAUACCAAACCCAGCCUUUGGAUAUUACCAUCGAUACGGAUCAUGCUUCUUUAUUCUUUAUGAGCCCGAUGCUCGCUCAGAUCAUUGAAAAUGGAAAGCCUACUCCACUAUCCCCACUAUCCCCGGAUAUGCAACGGAUGUUCCCAAGCGAAGAUAAACAUCGCAGUCAAGCUAGCAUCAUUAGAAGAUGGGCUACGAAUAUUUAUCAGACCAAAGAUGGACGAUACUACCAUACUCAUGGUAGUAUGAACCCGGAACCAACGCUCACAGCUUUAAAGCUCCCGGUUGACGGCGAGCCAGAUGAGACAGAGGAAUCUGCAGUUAACAGAAUCCAAAGUGCUACAUCAAAAAUUGACUCCAAAGAGCUUGAUGAAUUGAUGAACGAACAAUUCAGACAGGCUGGUACUAUUGCGUAUACCGCCGAAGAAUUUUUCAAUUCUGAACACGGGAAGGCAAACAGUAAAGUGGGAUUAUAUGAGAUCGCCAAGGAUCCAAAGUCAUCCCAACCGGCAACAUGGUGGAAAGAGGAUGCAUCUGCUCCAUCUUCCCCAAAACGUCCACUUGCAGGCCUUAAGGUUGUAGACUUGACGAGAGUCAUUGCCUCUCCAGCAAUCGGCCGGGGCCUUGCGGAGAUGGGUGCUAGUGUUAUGCGGAUUACUUCUCCUCAGCUCACAGAUCUUUCGAUGGUUCAUCAAGAUCUUAAUUGGGGGAAGUGGAAUUGUCAUUUGCAUUUAAAGGAUGAAGAAGAUAAGGAGAAAUUGAGACAACUGAUCCGAGAAGCAGAUGUCGUUAUCGACGGGUACCGUCCUGGUGUAAUGGACCGUCUAGGUUUUGGACGUGAUGCUGUUUUUGACCUUGUCAAAGAUCGUGAUUAUGGAAUCAUUUACGUCCGGGAGAAUUGUUAUGGUUGGCAUGGUCCAUGGAGUCAUCGAAGUGGAUGGCAGCAGAUUAGCGAUGCGUGCUGUGGAGUGUCUAUGGCAUACGGGAAGGCUAUGGGAAAUGAUGAAGCGGUUACGCCGGUGUUCCCAAACUCCGACUACUGUUGCGGAGUAUGUGGCUCUACCUCUGUUUUACACGCACUUAUAGAGCGAGCCGAAAAAGGUGGAAGCUACGGCGUCGAUGUAUCUCUGAACUACUAUUCACAGUGGCUAGUACGAUCUUGCGGGACAUACGACGACGAAAUUUGGAAGGAGCUUUGGAGUCGCCAUGGAUCACCAGUUUUCCGCCAUUACCAACCUAUGCAAGCUCUCCUACCAGCGAUGGUGCGCCUUCUUUAUCAAUAUGAUAAAGAGACGCUCUUCAAGCCACAAUAUUUUGAGCCUCGACGUGCUGAGAAUUUAGGGGUAACAUUUGUACAAGUAAAGCCGAUUGCACAGUUUAAAGAUAAUGCUGUGGAACUCAAGUACAAUGUGGGAACUCGAGGGAACGGCACCGAUAAACCUGUUUGGCCGAAGGAUUUGAUGGUUCAAGUUGUCACUGGGGAGAACUGA